UCUGGCCCCCGGGGCCUGGACUGGCCCGCCGCCCCCACCUGCAGCGCGGCGGAGCGCGGGCGCGUCACUCCCAGCGGAAGCGCCAGCCCCGCGUCUGGCGAGGUGCGCGCCUCGCGGCUCCCGCUCCAGAGCUUCGUGGCCCGCCUGUGUCUGCAGAGCAGGGGCGGGGGCCCCGGUGGCACCGACUGGGGACCGAGAUCAAAGUAGCCGCCCAAUCGUAGACAGUCUCCCCCCCACCCCCCAGCUCGGACGGCGCGUCGGGACGGGAGCCGAGCGGCCAGGUGAAGGACCACUGCGGAUCCGACAGCGCGUCCCAGCACCUUGGACUUGCUCCCUCCCGAACUGGGGAAAAUCUGAGGAAACCAGGCAGGGACCUUGGAGACGCCACCUGCAUACUCAACAGCCUGGACCUCCAGUCAUCUUGGUACCUCGCUGCUUCCCAGACACUUUGGAGGGGCAGGCGCUGACAGCUGGCUGACGGAAAGCUCGCCCAGGGAGAGAAGAGACAAAAUUCAAGUAUGAAACUAGGAAUAAUGUUUUCAGAAUAGACCUGCGAAUUGGGACCCACACUGCCACCCUAAGUCCUGCAUCCCAAGCUUCAGGUAUUGAUUUCUGACUUUUGAAGAUGGACGAAGGCACAGAAGUUUCAACGGACGGAAAUUCCUUGAUCAAAGCCGUCCAUCAGAGCCGGCUGCGCCUCACGAGACUUUUGCUAGAAGGCGGUGCCUACAUCAACGAGAGCAAUGACCGUGGAGAAACACCUUUAAUGAUUGCUUGUAAGACCAAACACAUCGACCAGCAGAGCGUCGGGAGAGCCAAGAUGGUUAAAUACCUUCUGGAGAACAGCGCCGACCCCAACAUCCAGGACAAAUCUGGGAAAAGCGCUCUGAUGCACGCAUGCUUAGAAAAAGCUGGCCCGGAGGUGGUUUCCUUGCUCCUCAAGAGUGGGGCGGACCUCAGCCUGCAGGACCAUUCUGGCUACUCGGCUCUGGUUUAUGCUAUAAAUGCAGAAGACAGAGAUACCCUGAAAGUCCUCCUUAGUGCUUGCCAGGCUAAAGGAAAAGAGGUCAUUAUCAUAACGACAGCAAAGUCGCCCUCUGGGAGGCACACCACCCAGCAAUACCUCAACAUGCCUCCGGCAGACAUGGAUGGGAGCCAUCCGCCAGCCACGCCUUCAGAAAUUGACAUCAAAACAGCCUCGUUACCACUCUCAUAUUCUUCAGAGACGGACCUGACACUUUUUGGCUUUAAAGAUAAGGAGUUUUCUGGAAGCAGUGAUAAUACCUGGGACCCAGACUCUCCUAAGCGGAAGCCUGUGAUGACCGCUAAUGGGCCCAAGCUAUCCCAGGCUGGUUCAGCCUGGAUCAAGAGUACCCCAUCACUAAAGCACCAGGCCAGAGUGGCCUCCUUGCAAGAGGAGCUCCAAGAUAUCACUCCAGAGGAAGAAAUAACCUACAAAACCAGCGCACUGGCGCUUUCUAAGCGGUUCAUCACCAGGCACCAGAGCAUUGACGUGAAAGACACGGCGCACUUGCUCAGAGCCUUUGACCAGGUCAACUCACGGAAGAUGUCGUAUGAUGAAAUGAAUUACCAUCCUUUGUUUCCAGAAGGCAACCAGCCAUGCACGGAAAUUCCCACUGACCAGGACUCAGACUCCAACCAAGCUCUCUUUACCUCCACUUUAAAAAGCAUCGUCCAAAAGCGAAACUCGGGAGCCAAUCACUAUAGCUCUGAUUCUCAGCUCUCAGAGGGGGUUACCCCUCCAAACUUAGAAGAUGGCAAAGCUGGAAAGAAAAAGAUCUUCGCACCAUCUCCUUCCUUGCUAACAGGGUCUAAAGAAUUAAUGGAGACUGUCCCUCCAGGUCCCCUGAGCAGGAGGAAUCAUGCAGUCUUAGAAAGGCGGGGCUCGGGAGCCUUCCCGGUUGAUCAUAGCCUCCUGCAGAGCAGACCCGGGUUUCUGCCACCCUUAAAUGUAAAUCCUCACCCUCCUAUCACAGACGUCGGUGUCAACAAGAUCUGCAGCCUUCUUUCUUGUGGCCAAAAAGUGCUUGUGCCCACGGUUCCUAGUUUCCCGAAGGAGUUCAAAAGCAAAAAGAUGUUGUUAAGAAGGCAGUCACUGCAGACAGAGCAAAUUAAGCAAUUAGUAAAUUUUUAAGAGACGACUAGAAAACACAUCGUGUUCAGACGUCUGUAUCAGAAAAACAGAGAAGAGAUCUUAACUGUAUCCUUUUAAGUCUUAGCUAGUGCAUCACGGCUAGGCAGAUCAAAAUAUAGUGUAUUUUGUAUUAGGUACUACUGUGAGCACACCAUAAUAUAGAGCUUCUGAGGAAAUCCCAACAAAAUGAAAGAUGUUUUUCUUAAAACCUCCAGUAUUUAUCAGCUUUCAUGUGGCCCAAGUUUUCCAUCUAGACAGAAAUCCUCCAAGAAAGAAAGUUGCCUAUUCCAGAAAUGAUUUUCAAAAUUUCAGACUGGCUUCAUGCUCUAUUAAGAAACCAUGUUCUCAGGUUGGGGAUUUAGCUCAGUGGUAGAGCGCGCUCACCUAGCAAGCA